AUGAACAUCAUAAGAGUAUCGUUCGCCCUCCUGGUGCUCUCGCUCGCGAGCGUCCAGUUCGCCGAGAGCAAGAAAUUGCUCAAACUCGCAGCCGCUGCCGCCAUCAUCCGAGGCGGACCCAUCAUACCUAUUCCGAUAAGAUACCCCGUGCACGUACCCCAUCCCAAAGUCAUCAAAGUACCCGUGCAUCAUCAAAUACCGGUCAAAGUACCAAUCCACCACCACUCUCACUCUGUAAAACAGGUACCGGUGCCCAUCCACAGCCACUCCGUGAAACACGUGCCCAUCCACGUACCGAUCCACUCACACUCGGAGCACGGCUAUGGCGGACACAGUUACGGUGGACACGGCGGUCACGGAAUCGUCACGGAUCUCGGUGGCUACGGAGAGGGACACGGCUAUGAGCUCAGUGGAUACGGCGGUUACGACGGCGGAUACGGAGGUCAAGCCGAGAUCGGACACGGAGGUCAUGCUGAGAUGGGGCACGGCGGGCUCGUCCACGAUAUUGGCUUCGGGGGUCAUGGCUGGUGA